UUCUAAGAUGGAGAUCUACUCUUGAGAGAGGAGAGGAAAUUCUACAAGAAGAAUGGAGGAAAUCGGCAGAGAAGCAGGGGAGAAUGAGCCUCGCCGGAGUUACGAGUCUUUGUCGGAGUUUGCCAAAAUUAGUCAGCAAAAGGGCAAGCCAUAUUGUUGUACCUAUUUGGUGUUGGCUGAGGGCAAAAGUCGGAUAUCCCUCGAGAGGCGCUAUUCGUGCACCAUCGAGAAAGCUCUCAUGGGAAAGACCAUGAGGUUAAGGAACAACGGAUGCGGUGUUUGCAUGAGAUCUAUAAGGUCGGGCCGAGGUGACAUGGUUAGGGAUCUCCUGAGAGGCACUAUGUGUGUGUCAUUGAGAAAGCUCUCGUUUGAGAAGGCUGACAUAUUCACGAGACACUUCGAACCGCCGCAGCAGCUUUUGAAAGGUUUCUCCGGCUCUGGGUCUCAAGAAAAACAAACUGGUUUUGGAGUUUGGAAACUUCAAACUCUUUUGACUGUUCCCAGGGAUAAUGCCAGUUCUGGGUUGGUUUAA